AUGAGGAAUGAUUCCGCAAUGAAGACUGUUACAUUUUCGGUGAAGAAAAGGGGCGAUCAAUGGGAGAACGAAAUAACCACGAACAAUGUACCGCCUGACAAGCAUAUACCACUGUCCUAUGGCGAUCGUUUCAUUCCCCGCCGUUUUUUGCUGUCUACCUGCGAAAGGAAUCUAAAACUGGCAAUUGGCAAACCUUCCCGGGAUGUCCUACAAUUAUGUACAAAUGUAAACUACUGGAGAGAAAAUGCCUUUAUACCAAUGAUGAAUGUCAUUAACGAAAUGAAUGACGGUCGAAUAUAUAGCCUUGUAGAUCCUGCAAUAUUAUCCAAUAUUUCAACGGCUAGUAUACGAAUCAGAGAACGAGAUCCUGGUAAAAUAGGGCAAGACUGGCCAUGCAAACCUCGCGCUAAACCCUGUGCUUAUUCGGACAUAACAUUUGAUCUGCCGGAUUAUAAUACUAAUUGUGAACAAAAUCUAGUGGACUGGUCAACAAAAGGCCAAAUUGCAUUGUCGUUUGGGCAAGAUGUAAUAAUCUGGCAAAGCAAAGAUGAUAUCACAAUGGCAUUUAAUAUCCAAUGUCCGAGAUCAUUGGCAUAUAGUCCAUCUGGAGAAUUCUUGGCCAUUGGUUGCAAAUGUAUAAGUUUCCCCGCUUUGGAAUUAUGGGAUGUGGCACGAACGGAUGAUUUUUCAAUCCUUUGUGGCAAGGUCUUCCCUAUUAAAUAUGGUGAUGUGCUGUGCAUAGAAUGGAAUACGACAGGUACUCAGUUAGUCUGUGGUACUCGAUUCGGUACUGUAUAUGUUUUAUCGGUGCCAGAACUGACAACCAUCAAAAAACUACAAAAACAUCAACUUCCGAUAACGAUUAUACGAUUUUCACCAACUAUGCGUUAUUUGGCUACUGGUGAUGCGGAGGGCAAUAUUGUGAUUUACAACUGGAAUAUGUGCACCGAGUGCCUUUCCAUGAAAUCGAGACGGAAGUUGAACGUUGUGUUCGACUGGCACCCAUGGACUGGUGUAGAUUUGGCUAUUUCUGAAGAUGUUCCGGCAUCCAUUGUUUUACUGCAUGUGCCGAGCAAGAAAAUAGUUGCUUAUUACCAACAAAAUGGAAAAAAAUUCGCCAUCAAUUCAAUAUCGUUCAGUAAAAUCACAGGAGAGCUAUUGGUCAGCACUUCUAGUCAAGAUGGAGCUCUAUGCAAUGAUUAUAAAGUAUUGGUUAUGUCUUCGCUGGAUCGAAUCGUGGAUAUACUUAGAAUUCCAGAUGGUGGGGCGAGAUUUCUUACGUGGAGUCCGGAUGGAACCCGUGUUGCUACGACCGGAAGUGAUGAAACUCUUACGAUGUGGAAAUUUUGUCCAGCAAGAUGUCCAAACUAUUUCAAACGCUUAAAUGGACCGAAGGAAAGCAACUCAAUUGAGAACAAAUACGGAAAUCAAUUUCGCAAAUGGUAUAAUAUAAAAUAA